GUUUGGGCCAAGUCCUUGGAUUCUCUCGUUCAUGGACGAUAUAUCAUUUUAGAUUUUCGUUUUUUAUAAGCUUAUCCAAUAUCCAUAUUGUUUGCGUUUUAUGGUACCAAUGCCACGCUUUACUUUAAGAUAUAGUUGCUGGAGAGGAGAUUGCUAUCUUGACGUAUGAGAUCAAACUAAAAAGGCAUGUGAAGCACUUUGAAACUGCGAAUGUAAUUGGUGAUUUUCUUGAAGUUGGAUAUAGUUGGGUGUUCAGCUAAUUUUCAUACUCAUCCAUCUUUACGACCGACGGUGCGUCCCAGAUCGGCCGGUCGCCGGCCACUCCCCGGGACGGGACGGGACGGGGACGGGGGACGCACAAGUGUGCCGGCCGCCCGACCGGCCGGACGGCUGUGGCGACGGCUGCGUCCCGUCGACGGGAGAGCGGUGGCAGGAGUGAGAAGUGUCGGACAGUGAGGGAAGAAUAAGAAAACAGAGCGGUGUGUGAAGUAUUGACAGGAGGAGACGCCAUGGCCUCCUGCAAUACAUCGCUGGUGCCCCUCCGGGUGAUGCUCUUCGCCUUUUAUGGAGCCAUCGGGUGCGUGGUGCCGUUUCUCUCGCUGCACAUGGCCAGCCUGGGCCUGACGGCCGACGAGCGGAGCUGGGUGGAGUUCGUGGCGCCGCUGGCCUGCGGCGUCGGCCCGCUGCUGGGCGCUGUGCUGGCCGACAGGAUGGGCAACUACCGCCCGCUGCUGGUGCUGGCUCUGCUGGUCGCCGCCGCCGCCUACCCCUGCCUGCUGCUGGUGCCGCCCGUGCAGAGACUGCCGGCGCGACCCGCCGCCCUGGAGCUGCGCUGUGCCCCGGACGGGACGGAGAUUCAUGUGGAGCGGUGUGGACCAGCGUGUGUGGAUGGAGACAGGACUGAGCGGGCGUACUACAUCCACGGGUGUCGGUACCGGUGCGAGGAGGACACCGAGCCGCCGUCUGUGCCACCACACCUCUGUCUGGAAGGCACCAGUGAGCCCACGCAGUGUGAGGUAGUGUCGGACGGCGCCGGUAUCCUGGUAAACGCCUCACUGACGGUAUUACCGGCUGGUGAAAACAGCCAGGAUACACAGGACUGUCAGUAUCCAUUGAUCGAGUUCAGUCGCGGCGAGCGGCGCCACCGCAGCCUAGCCUGCGGUCGUCAGACGGGCUGCGCGCUGCACUGUGACCUACAGCAGCUGAGUGGUGCCCCGCUGUUCCGUGACGACCAGUGCCGCGCCGUGCUGGGUGACCCCCAGAUGACUUUUUGGCUGUACUUUGGUCUGCGCGCCGCCGCUGAGUCGUUCCUCUCACUGGCUCUGGUGCUAGUCUCGGCCACCACACUGCUGCUCCGCCGGCGGCACGGCUCUGACCACGGCCGGGAGGCGCUCUGGGGGCUGCUGGGGCUGGCCAUCACCGCUCCGCUCACCGGCUACCUGUUGGACACCCAGCGGACCGCGGAUGGCUCACCCGACCUCCGUCCCGGCCUCUGCGCCUACGCGGCUCUUCUACUGGCCGCGCUGACCCUAGCAGCACUCGUCACCGUUCGCCCGGGCGUGGCACACGACUCGCGAGAGUACAGCCGUCGUCUGGCGCGCUCCGUCUGCGCUGCUGAGUUUUUCGGCGUGCUCUGCGCGCUGGCGGUGCUGGGAGCUCUCUGGGGCUUCCUGGAGACGUUCCUGGCGGGACACGCGAGCGGUAUGGGUGGCUCACAUCUGCAGACUGGUCUGGGAACCACUGCUGGUGCGCUGCUCCUGAUACCGCUCAUGGCGAAGGCGGAGGCUCUGAUUGCCUACUGCGGGCAUCACCACGUCUUCAUGGUGGCCUUCAUCGUCUACAUCGUCAGAUACGUCAGUUACGCGUACAUCGUCAGCGCGUGGCUGCUGCUGGUGGCCGAGUCGUUGGAGAUGUUUACCGUACACCUGGCGUGGCUGUCGGCCGUUCAGCUGAGCUCGCUGCACGGCCGGCCGGUGGUCGAGGCCACACUGCAGGCCGCCGUUACUGUGGCGCACUUCGGGGUCGGUCGCGGUGUCGGCGCCGGUGUGGUCCGGUACGUUCUGCCGCUCUUCUCCCCGUUCGUGGUGCUCUGUGCCGGCUCCAUCCUCUCUGCCGUGUGCGCGGCGCUCUACCUGUCGCUCUACCACUGCUGCCGAGCUCUGGCACCCUACCGAAGAGGCACAGGGAAACGGAGACAAUACCUCAGUGACGGAGCGAUGCUGAACGGGACCACGAACGACACACGGCCAAACCGAUGGGGGCUUUUGGCGCGAGAUUACAGAAAGUGGCGCAGGCGGGCAUUUAAUUUCUGUGUGUCGUGGGAGUUGGACGGUGCAAUAAAAGGCAGAUUUGAUAUAAGUAUGGCUGAAUCAGAUCCCGCAGGCAUGGAAGAUGAAAAUUUGGAUCUGGAGGAUCUUGCAGCUCUGCUUGAUGAAGAUGAUGAUGAGCUGUUUGCCAUGGUGGAUGCUUCUGGAGGGGAUGAAGGUGGUUCAAAAUCAACUUCCUCUAAUAGCCAGCAGACCAAGGACGUUUCUCAGAAACCCAGAAGUCCUGUAGCUUCAACAUCAAACACCACUACUGGCUUUACCAAUCUGAAGGGUGCGAGCAGUUCCACACCUCCACAGUCUAACAUCAGUGCAGCUUAUUCUGGUGAGCCAGACAGGGCAUCACAUACUGUGGCAUCUGAUCUGGCCCUGUCAGAUGAGGAGACUCCCAGGAUUCCGUCGACAGCCCCAGCUGAAGAUGAUGAUCCUGACGAUCCUGAUGAAUCAGAGAUCCUCGCGCUGGAAGCGAAACUUGCCAAACUAAAGCAGAAGAAACAAUCCAAACAAUCUCCGAAAUCCCUGCAGGAUGUCGUUAGCAAAAUCAAGAAACCUCCAACGCCGAACAAAUCGCGGUUCCUAGACACCACCGGCAUCGUCCCAUCGACAGUGGUGCCUGCCGAGCUGCCGCCCUCUCAGCGUACCUCGCUGGAGCAGCGGGUGCGAGCCAUGCUGCGGCGGCCCGCCUCGGAGGUGCACGGCGGUGACACCGACUCCAGCGAGGACGAGGACAACCGGCAGCCGUUCGAGCAGCGCUACAACGAGUUCGGACGCACCGUCAAACGGAUCGCCCACUCGUCCGCCUCCGGUACCGGCCGCGACCGGCUUCAGGAGCGCGCAGAGCACGUAAACCGGGCCGCACAGCGAGCGCUGAAACCCAAAACGGCGGCCAAGAAAGCGGACGGUGGCCGGCCGGCAGUGCCCGAGCAGCCGCAUGAGGAAAUCAUGAUCGACUCGUUCGCAAAAAUCAGUGUCAUCAAUCCUCGCCUCACCAGUAUCGAGCUUCGCGACUGUCUUCAGGGGAAGCGUCUGAUCCGCGUCAGUCAGCUGGAGAGCAACGUGCGAGCAGACGGCAUCCCCGGUGACUGGGUCACCAUUGGCGUCAUCGCGCGCAAGUCCGACCCGCGCACAUCGCAGAAGGGUUCGGCCUACUCGUCGUGGACGCUGACCGAUCUGGUGGACGUCCAGAAGCCGGUCAAAGUAAUGCUGUUUGGCGAGGCCCACUCGGCCCUAUGGAAGACCACCGUGGGCACUGUGGUGGCACUCGCCAACAGCAAGGUCAUGAAGGACAAGGAGAUGUCUGGAAGUACGGGCAUCACGAUCUCAGUCGUCUCAGGGAAACACUGUAUUAUGCUGGGCACGUCGCCCGAUCUCGACUUCUGCAAGGCAAAGUGUAAGAACGGCCGUAUCUGUCUGAGUUUCAUCAACAAGCGUCACUGUCCCGUGUGUGUAUUUCAUAUGACUGCCGAGUACAAAAAGACCGGAUCAAAGCGGGGCGAACUUCAGGGUGUGAGCAGUGUGGCGCCCAAGAAGCCGCUGGGCGGGGGUGUCGGCGGUGCGGGCGGCCAGAUUCUCCACGAGGGCGCCUUUUCCGGCGGCGCUCUGGCGCGGCGAGACUCAGAGACGGCCGCUCAGCGGCUCAAAGACAGGGAGCGACUCACCAGUCUGCGGCUACAGAAACAGUGUGAGGAUACUCUGAACACCAAGAAGAAAAAGCUGGACACGGCAGGCCUGAAGCACAUUUCCCAAGCGGAGGCCAAAGCCAUUGCCAACGUAGCAGAGGACAGUAUGGAGAUGGGUGAACUCCUGCUGAAGCCAUGUGCCGGCGCUCGUAACCUGCUCCGCCACCUCACCAAAGACUCCACCGAGUCGACUUCCACGGACCUGGCCGAGCCGCGCCCUGCGCGCCGUACGGCUGCCGAUCCCGCCGCCAUGCUGAGGGAGGAGGCUGCGCGACGGCGGGUCGCCGAGAAAGCGCUGGCGGCGCCGCGGCUGGCGCGCCACGUCACCCCCGGACAGACGGUGGAUCUGGACGUUAGCCCGCAGCAGAGAGCGGUGGCCGGAUCCGCCGCUAAGGCUCGCGCGUUGGCGCUCCUGAAGAAGUCCGGUCCGCUGAAGAAGACGGACCCGAACGCGGUGCGGUCGCGGCCCUCGGACCAGCGCCGGGAGCUCGUCAAAAAGCGGCUGGAGAGGGAGGCCGAUGAGAACAGUCCCGGUGUACCGGCACUGCGCGGAGCAGAAGCGGGCCCGGCGGCCAAGCGGAGCCGGCUCGCCGACGACCCGGCGUUUCGGGCGGUGCUGGAGGCACGCUCCUCUCACGCAGCCGCGCUGGAGGCCGAGCUCACCGAGGGCCAGGAGCACUACUUCCAGGCGCUGGAGAAGAAAGAGCUGGUCGAGAACAAGAUGCUCACCACCUGGGAGGUCAAGACCAAGGCCGUCUACUGUAAAAAGUGCAAGUACCGGGCGCUGUCGGCCUCCGACCUGUGUAAGUCCGAGGGACACACCACCAUCCUGCUGGACGCGGUGAAGAGGUUCUUCAGCUGCAACAACUGCAAGAGCCGCACCAUCAGCCUGGACAAGCUGCCGCGACUGCCGUGCCAGAACUGCGGCGGAGAGAGCUGGCAGAAGGCGCCCAUGGGCAAGGAGCGGACCGGUCCGAAGCUGGAGAGCGAGAUCCUCUCCAUCCGAGGCAACGAGGCCUUCUCAAUCAACUCGCAUGUCAAGGAGCACAACAUCAACCUCGAGUUCUGAGGCGAUCUCACACUCCAGUCUCGUGUACAACGCGUGUAUUCGCAUAUCCACGCUACCAUCAUCGCUAUCAACGUCUCACUUGCAUGUGAUUAUGUAUGUUCCCGUCGCGGCGCCCGACCCCGCUCUAUUUGGACGGUGCCCUGAUAUACAACUGUUGCCGCUCGCAAUCAGUCAGUCGGCGACCGGAGUGCGUUAUUGUACCGGUCGCCCAGACCUGAAUACGAGCCUGUGAAAGGACCCCGCGCGGCGGCUUAGAUAGGUGAAUAAAUGGACAAUAUGGGA